ACUCCAUCAACUCCACGUAACAUUCCAAGAUCGAAACAAGGUCAUUUUAGUACUUUAUUAUCCCGAUUUGAUAUCGAAAAUCCUCACCACCUUACUCGAUCUAUGAGUCAAACUUCAAAAACAAGUGAAGAUUAUUUCUUUAGAAAUCAAACUAAAAGAUCUAGUGAAGAUUAUAGUUACAAUAAUAAUCGAUAUGAAGAAGAUGUUAUGGAAAGAAGUCAUUCAAGUAACGAUAUAUUUAAAGAUGAAAUG